AGCCUCGCUGCGGUUUCCUCACCUUUCCCAGGUGAGAAUGCGUUGUCGCGAGCGCGAUGGUGCGGAGGGGGUGCGACGUGCACGACUGCUGUGGUGCAUGGCGGGGGAGCAAUAGAGUGUGUGGUAUGCAGUAUGCAGGAUGCGGUGCGAUGUGCGGGUGCGAUGUGCGGUGCAAGAAGGUAGGUAGCGCGGCAGUGGGUGGCACAGCAGGAGGUCACACAGCAGGCAGCAGUAGUACCGACCCGACAGUGUCCCCACUGCAGCAGAAAAAUGAAAAAUCGCAGCGGGAAAGAGAAUGGUUUUUCUUCUGGGCUUGGCGCGCGCGGCGGCGUGUUGGACAUCACAUAGCACGGCCCCCGCGCGCAGCCGUGAAAGCACCAAGACGCGCGAGACCAAGACACUGAGACACGCUGUUCAGGCUGAGAGCGCGAGUGAGACUCGGAUGCUCAUCAAGACCCAAGAUGCAGUAGCUAUCCAAGAUUCAAGUCCACGCCGCCACCUGCCUCAACACACAUACUCGAAACCCUACUAUAUACAUACCACCCACCCAUUUAGAAUCCCUUCCCGCAGUCAAACCCCUCUCAAGCGAGACUCUGCAAACCCGGUGCUCGAGGCUAAACACCUAUGUGCCGAGUACCUAGCCAGCUCAAAAGCAGGGUCCUGUGUCCCCGAGCCAGCCGCCGCAGGGUCCGACUGCGACUGGGAUGGCUUGGGUCAGUGGCUAGGCGUGGGGAACGGUAUGUUAUGAGAUACAUUAUGGCUACGAUCCCGGUUUGUGAAGUA